AACAUUUAGAAUUUAAUUUAAUUAAAACUAUUGAUUAAUGCUUUGAUGUUUACUGUGAAAUCACUCUAAUAAUUUGUAAAUAAUUAUUUUAAAUCCAACCAAAUAUUUUGUUAAUUUUAUAAAAAUAAUAAAUUUAAAAAUUCUCCUAAUUAGUAAGCUAAAAAAGCAAUAAAUAUUUCAAUAAAGAAAAUGUCUCAGAAAAAGAGUUUAAAAUAAAAGAGAAAGUAAGACUAUAGCUCUGAUACUGAAGAGGAAGAAGAGGAUCAAUAUGAAGUUGAAAAGAUCUUAGACUCUAGAUUUAAUCCUAAGACCAAGCAAAAAGAAUAUCUUGUCAAAUGGGAAAACUGGCCUAUUGAAGACUCUACCUGGGAACCUUACGAGCAUCUUUCGAAUGUCAAAGAAAUAGUUUAGGCCUUUGAAAAGAAGCAAAAAGCUAACGUUAUGCCUCAACCUACUGGACCUAUCACUAGAGUAAAUGCCUAGAAAGACCCUUAAAAAAAGAACAGACUAUCUUUGAAUUCUUCUAUCAGCAAAUCUUUACCUCAAGAAGAAGAAAUUUAGACAUCUAAAGAAGACAGUAAAAAAUAAGCAGUCAAAAAAUUCCAACCAGCUUCAAGAAGAAAAUCUAUUAGUUCUUAAUCUGAUUCAGACCUUUAAGCUGAAGAAGUUCCACAGUAGCCUGAAAGUAAAAAAGAUAAAAAUGAUGGUGCCUUUGAAGAACCCAACAAUGCUGAUGCAGACGAAACUGAGCUUGUAUUUGAAGAAAUUGUUGACAAAAGAAUUCUUGAUGGAUAAACAGAAUAUUUAAUACGCUUCUAAAAUGUCUCUUAGCCAUAAUGGGUAGAUGUUGGACAAUUGAUAGCUAUUAAAGAUGAUGUUAUAGCUUAUGAAGAUAAAAUUGCUGCUUAGAGUUAGCUCAAUAAGACUAAGAACUUGAAAGAAAAUGCUAAACAUUCAUCUUAACAAUAGCAAAGCGAAAAUAAUAACUUAGAGACGGAAGAAGUUGAAGAAGAUAAAGAUUCUAAAAAAAGAAGUUUACUUGCGAAUUCAAAGAGACCCACUGCUAAAAGAUCAUAGCCAUUCAAUUAAGAUGAAGAGAAAGAAAAAUCAGUCACUUAGCCUACCUCGAAUUUAGGAAGCAAAGGUCAAUCUUAGUAAGUUGAAAAAGAACAAGCAACAAACUCACAAACUUAACAGCCUCAAACAGCACACAGAAGUGGCUCAAGACUCAGCUAGAUUCAAUCAAAUGCCAAUCAAGUUACUUAAUAAGCUUAAUAGCUAUCAAACACCAACAAUUCUUCCUCUACAUCUCUUGAAGUUUCAUCAAAAAUGCCUAGCUAAAUGUCUUAAAAACGCAGACCUAUUGAACUUACUGAAAUUUAACAAGGUGAUUUCAAGACCGAUAAUGUCGAUAAGAUUGAAAUCCAAGGAGAUUUUAAUGACAUAAUGACUUCAAGGUUUGAAGUUUUUUGGAAAAUCAGAUAAGACAAUGUUACCCCUGCUUCCUAAGUCUAUUCAGCCUCUUACCUGAGAAGAUAUGAGCCUUAAGUUCUCAUCGAUUUCCUCUUACAACAUUCAAACUAAUCUCAAUUAAGACAAGCUAAUUAAUAACUUACUCAUUGA